UCCUCUACAGCUAUGGAGUCCCCAACCAAGGAGAUUGAAGAAUUUGAGAGCAACUCCCUGAAAUACCUGCAGCCAGAACAGAUCGAGAAAAUCUGGCUGCGGCUCCGAGGGCUGAGGAAAUAUAAGAAAACAUCUCAGAGGUUACGGUCUUUGGUCAAACAGUUGGAGAGAGGGGAGGCCUCGGUGGUGGAUCUGAAGAAGAAUUUGGAAUAUGCAGCUACAGUGCUGGAAUCUGUCUACAUUGAUGAAACCAGGCGACUCCUGGAUACGGAAGAUGAGCUCAGUGAUAUUCAGUCCGACGCUGUGCCUUCUGAGGUCCGAGACUGGCUGGCCUCUACCUUCACCCGGCAGAUGGGGAUGAUGCUUAGGAGGAGUGAAGAAAAGCCCCGGUUCAAGAGCAUCGUCCAUGCUGUGCAGGCUGGGAUAUUUGUGGAGAGAAUGUAUAGACGGACAUCAAACAUGGUUGGCCUGAGCUACCCACCAGCGGUUAUUGAAGCAUUAAAGGAUGUGGACAAGUGGUCCUUCGAUGUCUUUUCCCUCAAUGAGGCCAGUGGAGAUCAUGCACUGAAAUUCAUUUUCUACGAAUUACUUACACGCUAUGAUCUAAUUAGCCGCUUCAAGAUCCCCAUUUCUGCACUUGUCUCUUUUGUGGAGGCCCUGGAGGUGGGCUACAGCAAGCAUAAAAACCCUUACCACAACUUGAUGCAUGCGGCCGAUGUCACCCAGACUGUGCACUACCUCCUGUACAAGACAGGAGUAGCGAACUGGCUGACGGAGCUGGAAAUCUUUGCUAUCAUCUUCUCAGCUGCCAUCCAUGACUAUGAGCAUACCGGAACCACCAAUAAUUUCCACAUCCAGACUCGGUCUGACCCAGCCAUCCUCUACAAUGACAGAUCGGUGCUGGAGAAUCACCAUUUGAGUGCAGCCUACCGCCUUCUGCAGGAAGAUGAGGAGAUGAAUAUUUUGAUCAACCUCUCCAAGGAUGACUGGAGGGAGUUUCGGACCUUGGUAAUUGAGAUGGUGAUGGCUACGGAUAUGUCUUGUCAUUUUCAACAAAUCAAAGCAAUGAAGACCGCCCUGCAGCAGCCAGAAGCAAUUGAAAAACCAAAGGCCUUAUCCCUGAUGCUGCACACAGCAGAUAUCAGCCACCCGGCAAAAGCCUGGGACCUGCAUCACCGCUGGACCAUGUCACUCCUGGAGGAGUUCUUCAGACAGGGCGACAGAGAAGCAGAGUUGGGACUACCCUUUUCUCCUCUGUGUGAUCGAAAGUCGACGAUGGUUGCUCAGUCGCAAGUAGGUUUUAUUGAUUUCAUUGUGGAACCCACUUUCACUGUGCUCACGGACAUGACCGAGAAGAUUGUGAGUCCGCUAAUCGAUGAAACUUCCCAAACCAGUGGGACAGGACAGAGACGUUCAAGUUUAAACAACAUCACUUCAUCAGAUGCCAAGCGUUCAGGUGUGAAGAGCUCUGGGUCGGAAGGAAGUGCCCCCAUCAACCACUCUGUCAUCCCUGUUGACUACAAGAGCUUUAAGGCUACGUGGACUGAAGUGGUGCACAUUAAUAGGGAGCGAUGGAGGGCCAAGGUGCCCAAAGAGGAGAAAGCCAAGAAGGAGGCUGAGGAAAAGGCUCGCCUGGCUGCUGAGGAGAAGCAAAAGGAAAUGGAAGCCAAAGGCCAGGCAGAAGAAGGCAAGGCCGAGAAGAAGGCAUCUGGAGAUGCCAAGAAUCAAGGCAAUGGGACACGCACAAACAGAAGUGAGAACCCUCGUGGGAAGAAUGCCAAGGUGGAGAAGGCAUCGGGAGAGAAGUCACAGACUGGUGACUUGAAAGAUGGUAAAAAUAAGACAGAGAAGCAGGAUCACUCCAACGCUGGAAAUGAAUCAAAGAAAACAGAUGAUUCGGAAGAGUAAAACAGACCUCAAAUACAAUAAAAGAGGCUGCCCAUGCCUCCCAUCAUUUUAGCUGAGCUGCUUCAUUCUCCCUCUUCCACAAAGACCUGUUUCUGGGGAAGGUGUGCAACUUUCAAAAGGAAGCUCUCCCCUGCCCCACCCCUGACACUUGGCCUUCUCUCAUGGGUCUCCUCCAACGGGAUGACUCUGGGAGUUGGUUUAAGAUCUGAGAACUACUGGGGAUUUUCCCCCAAGCAAACAAGCCAACUUGAGAUUUUUGCACAGAGGUACAACAUGAAGGGACUUCCUCAAACUCCUUGGCUGGUGACCUGGCUUUCAAGGCACCUGUCUGGCCUGGUGAGAAUGGACAUCCUGGAUGCGCUGAGGCCUGGAAAGCCACAGAAACUGCCAUUUUAUUACUGUCAAUGCCAUUACUUUAAGGGUUCUUACCCUGGCUACUGGUGAUGGAUACAGCCAUACCAGCCAUCAUCACAGCUAAGAUACUCAAUUUCUGGUUCUUUUCCUGAAUCAGGACCAUUUAUUUUCUUCAAUUUCUUUUCAGAUGUGAGCAUUGUUUUUGUGCUUUUUUUCUCCAUUUGUAUAAUA